AUGGCCGCCGCACCGACGCCGCAGCCCUUGCUCCCGGUGACCAACCCCUCCUCCGGCGGCGGCGGCUCUGCCCCCGCGCUCGCCACGCCGGCCUUCCGGCUCUUCCUCAGCAGGGUCUCCGACACGGCGCGGCGCUCGCUCGCCGACCGCCGCCCCUGGACGGAGCUCAUCGACCGCUCCGCCAUCUCGCGGCCAGACUCCCUCUCCGAGGCCACCUCGCGGCUGCGCCGCAACCUCGGCUACUUCCGCGUCAACUACGCCGCCGUGGUGGCCUUCUCCCUCGCGGCCUCCCUCCUGGCGCACCCCAUCUCGCUCCUCGUCCUCCUCAGCAUCCUCGGCGCCUGGUGCUUCCUCUACGUCUUCCGCGCGCCCGACCAGCCCGUCGUGCUCUUCGGCCGCACCUUCACCGACCGGGAGACGCUGCUCGGCCUCCUCGUCUCGUCGCUGCUCGCCUUCUUCCUCACGUCCGUCGCCUCGCUCAUCAUCUCCGGCCUGCUCGUCGGCGGCGCGCUGGUGGCGGUGCACGGCGCGUUCCGCAUGCCCGAGGACCUCUUCCUCGACGACUCGAGCUCCGUGUCAAGCGGCAACACUUCGCACAGGCUGCUCUCCUUCCUCGCGUCGCCCGGAUCUGGUGUUUGA